CAUUCUGACAUCAUUAUGUUAUCUUUUAAAAGUCUCUUUAUGUUAUCAUUUUCAGAAACAAGAUAUCUUUUAGAGAUCUUUUUGACAACGUAUUGUUCACUGGGUAUGCACACAAACAUACAUAUCCUAAAAUAAAAUGCGCUCUAAUUAUAUUCUUACAGAUAACAAAUAACUUUACAUCUAUUUUAAAAGAUUCAAGUUAUUAAGUUGAUUAAAUGUUAUAUUACUUAAAGAUUUUGGUUAAAAUUUUUUAAAAGAAAGUCAAUUCAUAACGUAUCUACAACUUGAAAUAUGAAUGCUUUCCAGCGACACAAGUAACACAGUGAAUCAUUACAGUCUUGUUUGCCAAUGUUAAACAAAGAUGAAAUCACUAUGUUACACAGCGUCAUUUAUAUCUCUCUGGAAAGCACUCUAUAUGUAAUAUAUACGUUCAAUUAUGCUAAGAGACAUAAAUUUUUACUUACAUAUAGAUAGACCAAUCAACCGAAGCGUGUUUCGAAGCCAUCUCUCUACCAAACGACUUCAUCAGAAGACAAAGCUGUGACACGUCCAUCGAAGAGGCUCCUUCAAGCCAUCGACAAUCGCGGAUGCGGAGAUCGACAAUGACACCGGCGACCUACGAAGCAUUCUGGAGGAACUUCUACGAAUAAGACAGAUUAUAUUAAUUAUUCACAAGAAUCUCAACAGCGAUUACAACAAAAUUUAAAUCCACAAAUGUCCACAAACACAUCAUCACCAUAUAUUCCGACUACAUUAACUAAUACGCAACACUUUCUACUUCACACACAAUUAACAAAAACAUAUUAUUACACACAUCACAUAUUCUACCUACAUUAACAAAUACAUACACAGCACUUUCAACUUCACACACAAUUAACAAAAACGCACCAUUAUACACAUAUGUUCCACCUACAUCAACUACAUACACAACGCUUUUCACUUCACACACAUUUAACACCUACAAUAACAAUAAUUUUUCAGAUUCUUCUGCACCCAUUUUGACAGAUACACGUACAGAUGGAGUCAUUUUUAAUAAUAAUGCACACGAAAUUCCAUUUCAGGCAAAUACGAGAAGCUGUACAAUGCAUAAUAAUCAACAUGUAAAUUAUGAAACAUCACCACGGACAAGUGAUAUAAAUAAUCGGUCAAUUAACAUGUUGCACGAACGCAUGGAUCGAAUGGAGGCAGAAUUCAAAAGGACGAAUACUUUACUUCAAAAUAUUUUGAAGUGCGUACAACCGAAUAAUCACGGUGUACCACGAAAGCCUGCAGUUCGCCCAAUAUCAUCUCUAGCCGAAAUGGAUGAUUUCGAAAAUAUGAAUGAAGAUGAAUAUAAUGAUGUCAUACAAUGUUUAUCCGUUUCUGUCCACAUUCUGAACGCACCGAGUGUAGGCAGUAUCUAUCCGUAAUUACGGAUACUACAUCCACCUGCCUCUGUUUGCAACGUCAACCUAUAGGAAUUUAUUUGUAAUUACGGAUACAAUGUUUAUCCGCUUUUGUCCACAUUCUGAACGCACCGAGUGUAGACAGUAUCUAUUCGUAAUUACGAAUGCUACAUCCACCUGCCUCUGUUUGCAACGUCAACCUAUAGGAAUUUAUUUGUAAUUACGGAUACAAUGUUUAUCCGUUUCUGUCCACAUUCUGAACGCACCGAGUGUAGACAGUAUCUAUCCGUAAUUAUGGAUGCUACAUCCACCUGCCUCUGUUUGCAACGUCAACCUAUAGGAAUUUAUUUGUAAUUACGGAUACAAUGUUUAUCCGCUUUUGUCCACAUUCUGAACGCACCGAGUGUAGACAGUAUCUAUCCGUAAUUACGGAUGCUACAUCCACCUGCCUCUGUUUGCAACGUCAACCUAUAGGAAUUUAUUUGUAAUUACGGAUACAAUGUUUAUCCGUUUCUGUCCACAUUCUGAACGCACCGAGUGUAGACAGUAUCUAUCUGUAAUUACGGAUGCUACAUCCACCUGCCUCUGUUUGCAAUGUCAACCUAUAGGAAUUUAUUUGUAAUUACGGAUACAAUGUUUAUCCGUUUCUGUCCACAUUCUGAACGCACCGAGUGUAGACAGUAUCUAUCCGUAAUUACGGAUGCUACAUACACCUGCCUCUGUUUGCAACGUCAACCUAUAGGAAUUUAUUUGUAAUUACGGAUACAAUGUUUAUCCGUUUCUGUCCACAUUCUGAACGCACCGAGUGUAGACAGUAUCUAUCCGUAAUUACGGAUGCUACAUACACCUGCCUCUGUUUGCAACGUCAACCUAUAGGAAUUUAUUUGUAAUUACGGAUACAAUGUUUAUCCGUUUCUGUCCACAUUCUGAACGCACCGAGUGUAGACAGUAUCUAUCCGUAAUUACGGAUGCUACAUACACCUGCCUCUGUUUGCAACGUCAACCUAUAGGAAUUUAUUUGUAAUUACGGAUACAAUGUUUAUCCGUUUCUGUCCACAUUCUGAACGCACCGAGUGUAGACAGUAUCUAUCCGUAAUUACGGAUGCUACAUACACCUGCCUCUGUUUGCAACGUCAACCUAUAGGAAUUUAUUUGUAAUUACGGAUACAAUGUUUAUCCGUUUCUGUCCACAUUCUGAACGCACCGAGUGUAGACAGUAUCUAUCCGUAAUUACGGAUGCUACAUACACCUGCCUCUGUUUGCAACGUCAACCUAUAGGAAUUUAUUUGUAAUUACGGAUACAAUGUUUAUCCGUUUCUGUCCACAUUCUGAACGCACCGAGUGUAGACAGUAUCUAUCCGUAAUUACGGAUGCUACAUACACCUGCCUCUGUUUGCAACGUCAACCUAUAGGAAUUUAUUUGUAAUUACAGAUACAAUGUUUAUCCGUUUCUGUCCACAUUCUGAACGCACCGAGUGUAGACAGUAUCUAUCCGUAAUUACGGAUGCUACAUCCACCUGCCUCUGUUUGCAACGUCAACCUAUAGGAAUUUAUUUGUAAUUACAGAUACAAUGUUUAUCCGUUUCUGUCCACAUUCUGAACGCACCGAGUGUAGACAGUAUCUAUCCGUAAUUACGGAUGCUACAUCCACCUGCCUCUGUUUGUAACGUCAACCUAUAGGAAUUUAGUUGUAAUUACGGAUAUGAUUUUGAUCGGUUUCUAUUCAUAUCGUGAACGCAUAUCCGUAAUUACAAAUAAAUUGCUAUAUGUUGUCGUUGCAAACAGAGGCAGAUGGAUGUAGCAUCGGUAAUUACGGAUAGAUACUGUCUACACUCGGUGCGUUCAGAAUGUGGACAGAAACGGACAAACAUUGUAAUUACAAAUAAAUUUCUAUAGGUUCACGUUGCAAACAGAGGCAGAUGGAUCCAGGAGCGCAACCGCUCACUGAGCGGCUAAGUAGCAAUUGAAGGUGCAGAUUUGUUGGAUCCAAAGGUAAUUAAGAUCUAAUCAUCUUCAAUUGCUACUUAGCCGCUCAGUGAGCGGUUGUGCUACUGAAUGCAUCCACUUUCUUUUCUCAUGUUAUACAUAUAUAUGCAUAUUCGUAUAUACACAUAUAAUGGAAAAGAAAGAAUAUAACUCACUUAUUAUACAUUAUUAACAUUUAUUGCUAUGUAUUAUAUACAUAUAUACAAAGGGUUUUUGUACAUAAUAACAAAUUUAAAUAUUAUAUGUGAUAUUAAAUGAAAUAUUAAUUUCUUACAUUUAAUUUAUUUAUGCCAUACAGUCCAUAUUAUACAUUAGUUAAUUAAAUAAUAUAUUUUAUUACAUAGUUAUAUAUAUUGGAAUAUGUAAUAUGCAUAUUCACACAUACAUGUUAGACGUACAAACUAAAAAUUUCGUACACCAACAUUAUCAUACUUUAAUAUCCAUUUAAUUUUUAAAUUACAGUACAAUGACUAUAAUGGGAGUUUUCCAGCAAGUGACACAAAUUGACACAGCAGUAUUUCUGUCUUUGUUUGAUAUUUAGUUUGAGACAAGGACAAAAUUUCUGCUGUGUCAAUUUGUGUCUCUGGAAAGCUCCCAAUGUGUAUUAUUGCAAUUAAUAGAUAUUAUUAAGAUAUAAUAGUUAUGAUAGUGCGAUUAACAGAUAUAAUAAUUAUUAAGAAUUAUUAACAUUUACAUGUUAAAUAUAUUAGGAAUUCGACAAACAUA